UAUCACAAUUUAAGUUUUCAUUUUAAUCAAUUAAUCACCUUACAGUAAAUUGCUACCGUUAACCAAUUACUCUGAUGAUUAGAUAGUAAAUUAAUUUGUGAUAAUUAAAAUGGUAAAGUGAAAAUUAAUUUGCUUCCCAAUCAUUAACAAUCAAAUACAAGUUUUGUUAACCAGUUUCUUUUACAGUUUAAAAAAAAGUGAUUGAUUAACAAUCAUGAUCAAGUUAAUUGUGACCAUUUUGUUAACCAUUUAUAAUUCUGGUGUCCAUUCAGCUGAUUUAUGUAAACUAACUGGAGUGCAAGGUCAAUCACCACCCGAUAUUUUAUCACUGGUCAAAGAUCAGAAAGGUUAUUCUGGGAUAAUUGAGAUUGUUGAAUCAUCACCAACAUCAAUUAAACAAUUAACUAAUCAAUUUAAAGAUUCUUAUGAUACAGUUAACAAAGUUGGUUCAAUUGAAUGGCUCAAUUCAGGUGAAGGAUUAACAACAAUUAAAUCAGCUCAUUAUUAUUUCGCUUCAUCUGAAAGUUUCAUCAUUAACAAGGACAAAACCCCUUGUACCACCUCUAAACUGACCAUCGAUGACCAAAGGUCAAUCAUCUUUGAAUGGAUGACACCCGAGAUGAGGCAGAUUUAUAAUUCUGCCAAUUCUGGACAUUGGAAAAAUCUUUUAGGUAUCGACGACGAAAAGAUCGAGUACCUUGGUCCAACUGUACUCAUGAUUAUGGCCUCAAAACUUUCCUCGACUUUUGGUUAUUAUAAAGGGCGAGUGAUACUUGAUGGUUUCAAUGUUGACCAAUGGUCAAUGUGUCUCUCUCCAAGUGAUUCUGAUCUGGUUAUUGAUACUUAUUUUCUAGCUAAUAGUAAUUUACCUUAUCGAUUGGUCAUCUCUGGCCAGUCAACUACGACCAAGACUAAAACUUUGGUCAACUUUUUAACGUAUGAUCCAAUUUUACCUAUGGCCGAAUAUGUCUUGACCUUUCCCAUGGGUCAUGGGUGUAGACGGGACUAUAAGUACAAUAAUCCAACCUGGACAACGACCCCUUCGUACCUUAUCGGUAUGGAAGCAGCAAUCUCAUAUAAUCAACCUGAUCGAUUAACUUUAUCCACAAUUAAGUUAAUUAAACAUCAAAAUGUUUACUCUUAUACAAUAUCACAGGGAAACUCAAAUACCGUUAGAAUAAUUAAAACGCCCUCAUUACUUCAGUACUUUAAGGUCAAUCCUCGAACUGGAACUUGUACAAUCGAACAUGAGAACUCCUUUUUCUCGUUAACUUCUAAAACGAUCACAACUCAAUGGCCACUUUUAGAAAACGAUCUUAUUAAAUAUAACCUAUUGUCACCUUCGUUGUUUACCCUCGAUGGAACAAACUUCCUCGGUGCCGUUAGAACAGAUUUUGGGAAAUUACAUGUUUUCGAAAAAAUCGUCGACUCAUUUUACGUAAAUAGUGCCAACGAACGAGUCAAUUGUUUGGUACAAUUUUAUUUCCCCGAGGCUGUGACACACGAUAAACUCGAGAUUCCUCAUCAUGUGGUCAUUAAACCCUUUUCAUCAUCAGUAGAGGACGAAAUACUAAUGGCCUCAGUUCCGUCUCGAAUUGAAAUAACCUACGUUGAUUACAAGACGGGAGAUGAUAAUGGUUACUCUUUGAUUGACCCGGUCGAUUAUGCUGAUGCUUUUGACGUUUCCGGUUGUUACGAUAAAUCCGGUCAAUAUACUUGGUUUCAAUUGGUAUUUCCCGAUACGACGUUUGACAUUGCUCAGUACCAGGACAGUGAUUCAAUCAUUUUUCACUCUUUCUCAGUGCUUAUCGAACCUUUGAUUCCGCUACUUCGACUUCCCGAGAUUCGGGUCACUAUAUUUGGUCCCAAUAUUUAUGUCACUUGUAAAUUACUCCAAGCGGAAACUUUCAAUUUCCUUUCACUUCCAAACACUGUUAUCGCCAAUCCAACUCGACUGGUGGUUCGAGAGUACAUGGAAGACUGUUCAGAACUUUGUCUCGAUGUUGAAAGUUGUUCAGCUUUCGCUCAUUGUGGUAAUAUGCAGUGUUAUCUGUUCACUAGUACAAGUGAAAUUUACUCAACUGAACAUCGCGAUGAUUGUACAGUUUACGCUUCAAUGUCCAGUUCCGAUCUUUCAGCAAAAAGUCAGGUUGAAAUUAAUUUACUAAAAUCGAGUAAAAAUAUUUUACACCAAUUGAGAAAUAAAUUGGAAAAUGGUGAACUUGUAUUGACCAGCCUUCGACUAUCGGCUGGUGACCUUUUCAUUAUCAAUGGUCCAGAUGAAAUCGGUGGAGUAGAUGAAGAGAUUCCUAUGAACCAGUUGAUGGAUCGCUCAUCAAUGGGCGAUGAUUUUCAAGUUCUAAUUGCAAAUCAACGAUUCACCGGUGGAUCUCGAGUAGUUGGACUUAAUUAUCAAUCUUGUCUCUCCCUUUGUAACAAUGAUGACGAUUGUUACACUUUAUCUUAUUGUCCAGCACCAAACAGUGAAUGUGUCAUCAUGAAUAAAACAAUUGACCAGGUCAAAGCAGAAUCCACAGAGAUAUCAUCUUAUGUUGAUGGUUGUGACAUUUUAUCAAAAUCAUUUUUGUCCUUUUAUCAUAAACUUCCGGGUCGAAGUCUAGUUCGAGAUGCAAUGGCCACUAUUGCAAAUGUCCAACCAGAAGAGUGUAGUAGACGAUGUUCACAAUCAAUUGGAUUUGAUUGUCAAUCAUUUGAUUUUUGUCCAAGUAUUGAAAACAGUCAAGAUAAAAAAUCGGAAUCGGCUUGUUUCCUUCACAAUCUCCAUGUAGCCAAUGACCAGUCUCACGAACUGGAUGGUAACGUUUGGGACAUUACUAAAGCGGAAUGUGAUCAUUACUCCCGAAAAUUGUCUAAAGACUAUCAACAUAUAAUCGGACGCAAGUUAAGUUCUAAUACUCAUAUUCUAGGAUCAGAUAAAGAUAUUUCUCUUGAGCGAUGUGCCUUCCAAUGUAAUGACCUUAGUGACCAAUGUUUUACCUUUGAAUACUGUGAAUCAGGUGAUUCCUUAUUCACUUCAACCUGUAAACUGACCGAUUACAUCCCGAAGAGUUCAAAUGAUAAACAACUUGAAUCUACUUCCGUUUCAUCUUCACCUUUGUGCUCAAUUUAUAUAAAUAGAAAAUCUCAAUGGAGAGUAAAUUCUGGCCACUUUGACGACGAAAUCGAGGGUGGACUAGGAAUGGCAAUGGCCUUAGGCGCUUUCUUUUUCAUCUCCGCUUUUGCCAUUGGAACCAUUGCCUCUCAUCUGUAUAUAAAAAAGUACAAUUCUUAAAUUGUAACAAUUAACUUACUUUCAAUUUUUCUGACAAUAUAAACUUAACUUAUUACCACUA